GACCCAGACACAAAACCGAUCACACCCUAUAGCCUAGUCUCCGGCUUCAAGCCAUCCAAAGUAUACACGUCGUUGUCCGCGUUGAUGUCAUAGUCCUCGUAUUUGUCAUCCGUCUACGUCUACCUGACUUCACCUGCUUGCGGCCUUAACGCUUCGGAGUCCGUUGAUUGCAGCAGGUACUGCAAAGUGGGGUAGCAAGUGCAGAAUUUGUCCCACCACUGCCAUCGCCUUCAGCAGUGACACAUAGCGCCAUUUGCUUGAUUUUUUUUUUCGGAGCUCUUGCCGUGUCGUGAUUUACAAAGUUUCGUCGAGCUCCCAGUUUGAAGUUCGGGCGUCGUUCUGCUGGAUGUCAGUUUCCAAUCUGUGCCCAAAGAAUACGGGAAAACUUUCCGUCCAAGUGGAAAUUUCAUUACCACGCUUUUGGCGCGUUAUCGGUCUGAGUGAGUGGAGGCUGCAAAGUGCAUCUCGUCGUCUUUAGUUUUUUUUUCGUUUCUUCGUCAGUGCAGUGAAGACGUUGAAGACGACCGACGGAAUCGGUUAAAUUGAGUGCACAACACGGGUUGAAGAGUGGAGGAAUUUCUCAAGAGGGUGUUCUGCAACGCUUCGCGUUCGUUGUCCGUCCAUUAUUAGAUAAUACCGGGGGAACAAAUCUCGUUUCUUCGCCGGGCUGGAUCUGGGCUGAAAGAAGAAAAGCUCCACGUUCUUCAUAGAUCUUACGACAGUCAGUGGAAAAGAGAAAAGGCUGUGUGCUCUUUUUUCUUCUUAUCGUGAAGGCCGCCAUCGUCACGUGCGUCGUUAUUGUUGGAGCUGCAUUUGAGGGAGGCGAAGGCUGAAUUUCGACGAGAAGAACACCAGCAGCCAGAAAAUGUUUUCAAAAGUCAAGUCAUUGUCAACGCGAGGAGCAGCCAGCACAUGCACAGUACGGCUAGUGCUGGUGGUGGUUUUUAUGCUGGCGAUCUCACAGGUAGCGGCCCAAAGCAGCUCGACGACCACGCCGGAGGCCACCAGCAGCAGCGGGAACAACGGCAGUAGCCCCAGCACACCGAACAAAUCGCAGGUCUCCGAUGAGGCGCUGGACAAAGCACUCAACGACAAGCGGUAUCUCAUGAGGCAGCUCAAAUGCGCUCUCGGUGAGGUGCCCUGCGAUCCGGUUGGGAAGCGACUGAAAAGUUUGGCCCCAUUCGUGUUGCGAGGAGCAUGCCCUCAGUGCACCCCAGCGGAGCUGGUUCAGAUCAAAAAGACUUUGGCCCAUCUGCAGCGAAAUUUCCCGGCCGAGUGGAACAAGCUGGUACAAACCUAUGCGGGCUAGAGAGGGGGCUGCCCGCUCGACAUCCAAUGGAAAAAAGCCACCAACUGUACAAAACAAAAGGAAAAACUGCUUCGCGAGUGAAAAUUAUCUCCCCGAAGGGGUAUUUGGCCAGACAGAGGACGAACAAAACGGGAAUUAACAUAGCAAAACAUCAAAAGAAACAAAAAAAAAAAUCCGGGCGAAACAGUCGGAAUCGGAUGAGAACUUAUUACGACACAGACCAGCAGAACCAGCAGAGUAACGCGCGGCGGCUGAUAAAACAUUUCAAAAACGGAAAAUUUCAAGCGUGGAAAUUUGCUAGCGAUAAGGAGUAAAGCAAAGUGAUAAUAAAUUAUUGCGCUCAGCUGAGCGAAAACUGCUUGGAUGAAUCUCUGCGCGAA